AUGAUAUGUAACAAUUGCUAAUGAAUACGACCAAACAAAAUCACUCGCAUCAAUAAAUGAAUAAUUUGGCGGAGAUAUGCCACGACAAUGGAUGCUUAUAUGUGCUCAACUUGCCGUAUUUGCUUCAGCUCUUAUUGACUACAUUGGUGCAUCCGAGAACAAGUAUGGAACGAUAUCAGUGGUCGGGCCAGCUUUUGUCAACAGGGAGGUAACUCUGAAAGCGACACCAUUCUAUUCUUGGGGAUGUGAGGUAGAAUGGAGGUACAUAAUGGAAGGUGGUACACAAUUACAAACAAUGCAUGGGCCAAAUGUUACAACAUAUAAGGAAGAUGGGUCAUUCUUCUUGAAAUGGAUGCCUUACAUUGAAUACAACAGAUCUGAAUUCUACGCCGGAUGUUCAACAAACGAAACAAUUAAAACCGGCAUGGUACCUAUAAAUCUGAAAGAUAUUGUUGGAACAUGUGGAGCUCUCGUGAUUCUAAGUCCGGUUGCUCUUGGCGCCGGCGUCGAACUUGGAUAUUUUCCGUCUGACUAUUCUAUACAGCACCAAACAUACACGGGACGAACAUGGAAGACCAGCUUUGAGGACAAACAGCUACGAGCAGGGUCUUACGAAGAGAAAAAAAGCGACCGAGUUACCCUGUUAUCGGUCCAAACUCCACAGAUUUUAACACAACAGAAUGUAUUUAUGUUUAUGCAGGCUCCGAUAUUUAUUGCAAAACUAACAAUGGAACAGAACCCGUACAAGUAG